AUGACGGACGAGAUUAUGGUGGGGUCCGCUGAUUUGCCUAUGAAGAGGCCCAGGGAGGACGAAGAAAACGGUGCGGAAGCUGCUACUUCAGUCGUGUCUAUGGAGACUGACGGUGGCAAGGAGCUGAAUUCUGUCUCCGCUGUUAUUCCUAGAUGGUUAUCUGAGAUUAGCCUAAUGUGGCCAGACUCCAGACAUUGUUCAGAAGACCAGAGGAAUAAGAACAAGCCAACUAGGUUUUCUCCAAACCCUCCAAAGAACCCUGUGUCAUGGGCUAAAAGGGUAUUUUCUGACGCCAUUGAUGGGUGUUCUGAGAAAUGGGCUUUUACCAUGACUAAUGGAUUUGAGGUUGAUGUGGGUAAAGUAGCAGGCUUGAGUUCUCCAUUAACCAAGAAUGAGGUUUCUUCUAUUCCUCUAUCGCCAAAGCCAGCAGCUCAGUUGGAGAAGAAGAACACUCAGGCCUCUGAGCAUGCUGCUGCUUCUCAUUCUUACAAGUCCAUUGAUCUUACUCUCCUCCACUUCACCACCGACUGUCUCUCUCUUCAGCGUCGGCAGCAGCGGCGCUACCACCUCUAA